AUGGAUCCCAGCCAUGGCUACAAUAAUCGGCAUGGUAGUGACUACGGAGCCCCGCCCCCGUCCAACUACUCCGGAGACGAUACAUAUUCAGGGGCGCCAACAUCACAUACUCAUCAUGCAGGAUCCUAUCAAGCUGAUGCUUAUGCAGCAACAGGUCAUGGGCACCACUCGAAUGCAGUUGGUUACAGCCACGGAGGCGUCGGCUAUGGUGGGGGCAGGGAAGGUGGCGGCUAUGGUGGAGGCGGGGGUGAUGGUGGCUAUGGUGGUGGCAGUGGCAGUGGCACUGUUAGGAUCUUCUGCAAGGCUGACCCUAAUUUCUCUCUGGCCGUUAAGUAUAAUAACACACUGGUUCUUACACCAACUGACGCAAGAGAAGUUGAGCAGCGUUGGUACAAAGACGAAAGGUUCAGCAGAAACAGGAAAGAUGAAGAAGGCUUUCCAUGCUUUUCUCUCAUUAAUAAAGCUACUAAUCUCGCCAUGAAGCACGCCAAGGGAGACAAGCAACAUGUGCAGCUGGUGCCUUAUAAUCCAAAUACUUAUGAUGAAUCUAUACUGUGGUCAAUGAGCAAGGAUUUCGGAGAUGGGUACCGAGCAAUGAGAAUGGUUAAUAACAUUCGGCUGAAUGUUGAUGCUCUGAACGGAGACAAACAAUCCGGUGGUGUUCAUGACGGCACCAACAUUGUGCUCUGGGAAUGGAACCAGGGAGACAACCAGUUAUGGAAGAUCCAAAGCUAUUGUAAGUUACUCAACAAAUAA